AAAUUAUAAUAUGCACAUCCCGAAUUCUACCUAUAGUUGGCCAAGGAGAUGACUUCCAACUCCUGCUGCUUACUCCUAAAUUUCCCAGUUCAAGUUCGUUCGCUCACUAAUUACACUUCCAAUAAUAAGAAUUUCCCAUUUCUCCGUCUCACAAACCCAUCCUCUCUCCGACUCCAACCUCCUCCAAUUUCAGCUCCUCAAUCCAAAGCCACAUCGGCAGCCAUGGAAGCCGACCAAAGUACCACCACCAACACCAGCACAAGCACAAGCAGCAGCGGCUCUUGCCCACCCAUGAAUCUCUUGUUCGUGGAAAUGGGUGUGGGCUACGAUCAACAUGGGCAAGACAUUACGGCUGCGGCUAUGCGGGCAUGCAGGGAUGCCAUCUCUUCCAACUCGAUUCCGGCUUUUCGAAGAGGGUCCAUUCCAGGUGUUACAUUCGAUCAGAUGAAACUACAGAUUAAGCUGGGAGUCCCUCAUUCUCUCCAGCAAUCCUUGGAUAUUGAGAGGGUCAAGUCUGUCUUUCCUUAUGGGAAAAUUGUGAAAUUUGAAGUUGUGGAUGGUGGACUUAUAUGCUCAAGUGGUGUUCAUGUGGAAGAAAUGGGCGACAAGAAUGAUGACUGUUACAUAGUGAAUGCUGCAGUAUAUGUUGGCUACUAGUUUCUUGUUUCCUCUGUUCCCUCUUUGAAGUGUUUGAAGGAUGAUAAUAUGAUAGUAUUUUUGUUAGGCAUCUUGGGGACUAUAAAAUCAGAAAAUUGCUAGAGAUGAUUGUUAUGAUUUUGGGAGUAGCAUACUAGUGAUACCGGCAAAGCUGAAACUUGAGAAUUGGAUAACUCUAAACCUGCCUGGGCCAAAAUUGACAGUAAAAACGAAGAUACUUUAGCAGAAAAGUAAGAUUUCUUGAAGUUGUGGUGUUGUAAGUCUCUGCUUAUGUUGGAGGGCCUUGGGAUGCUUCUUAGCUUAUCAUAGUCUUGGUCUUAUGUAAUUAAGACUUGGUAGCAUGGUUUCUGCCACUGUAGAGCUCAUACACAGCAAUAUGAAUGUAUCUUAAGUGUUUUUGCAAUGUCAGAGUGAACUCCUUUCAAUUAGCUUAAUAAGAAUUCACCCACUUCAACUUACUGCAAACUCAUCUCAAUUAAAUGGCUGUGUUUAAACUGCAAACAAAUUAAACAGAUUUAAAAGCAAACCUUGAAACUUGGCCUUUUGGGCUGGUGUUUGUACUGAAAAGGACUUCAAAAAGAUCUAUAAACUUUUGCAAUAUUUAUUAAAUUGUACAAUUACAAUAGUGGAUAGCUAAUACUCAAUGAACAGCGCUAGAUGUCAAUUGUCAACAAUAGAACAUAACUUUAACUGAACAAAUUUAAGUCUUUUCAGCUUUGAGCUCCUGCUUUCCUAGUCACAUGCAAUGCCAUCUUCAUCUCUGUCAAAUCUUUUUUCUAUAUCAUUGCACAAUUUUUGUGUUUUAAAUAAUCAAUUAAUUUACAAUUGAUCAUUGCCCUGCUUAUUAUGAUCCACCAAUGAACUAAAAUGAGAUGUUCAAAUACCUCACCAAUUUUACAAAACAAUAAUUUGGAAAAAAAAAAAAAUUAAAUUUUUUUCUUUUUGUUGGCAAUCACAUGCUGAGAGC